AUUUUAAAAUAUGGAAGUUAAUCAACAGAACAAAGCCUAUAUAGAUCUAGUCUAAUAGUGUAUAUUUAUGGGCAUAUGGGCCGUGUUCAGGCUAUGGAAAUGCUAUUUUCCACUAACGCUACGAUAGAUGAUUCAGACAACGAUGACGAGUCCGAUAUUGAUUUAGAUGUAAAUAUUAUUGAAGAAGGUGAGGAGGAAUUUGAAGAUGGAGAAGAUUUAGACCUAGAUCUAGAUCUAGACUUUUCUUGUAGUUCUAGAUUCUUAGAUUCUAGAUCUAAAAAAUCUAGAUGUACUAAAUCUAAUCCCAGUGCCGGCAGUGCAACACAGUCGGCUGAGUCGUGUUGGACUACUGAGACAGGCAAUGUAAGGGACUGGAUGAUUGAGUUUGAAGAGGAGGUUGGAGGCAUUCAUGGUCUUCCUGAUUCAAGCACACCUCUAGAUUACUUUAAACUUUUUAUAGAUGAUGACAUUAUAGAUAUGAUUGUUGAACAGACCAACUUAUAUGCAGAGCAGCAACAAAGAAAUAAAGGGCCUGACAAAUACUGGAAGCCCGUCGAUCAAGAUGACAUUGUCAGAUUUGUAUACAUAAAUAUGUAUUUUGGCAUUGUUAAAUUGCCAAAUACUAGAAUGUACUGGCUGGGCAAUAAAAUGUGGCGAAUAGAAGGGGUUGCUGCUGUGAUGGGGCGCUGUAGAUUUGAGAAAAUUCGGCAGUACAUCCACCUCAUGGACAAAGAGAAGAUGCCCCCAAGAGGUUCGAUUGAAUAUGACCCCAUAUAUAAAGUAAGGAACUUUUACAACAAAAUAAAAGAGAAGUGUAAGGCUCUAUAUAAGCCAGGAAAGAAGCUGUCUGUUGAUGAGGCCAUGAUUGGUUUUAGAGGGAGGCUUUUUUUUCCGGAGUACAUCAAAAACAAGCCAACAGCCUGUGGGAUAAAGGUGUGGUGCCUGGCUGAGGCAGAAACUGGAUACAUCCUGGAAUACAAUGUCUACACAGGGAAAGAUAAAGCACCUAUGCGAGAUGGAUUAGGCCAUAAAGUAGUGAUGCAAUUGGCUGAGCCUUAUUUGGACAAAGGCCAUGAAAUUUUUUGUGACAAUUUCUUCUCCAGCAUAAAACUGGGAGAGGAUUUGUUGGACAGAAAAACCUACAUUUGCUCUACUAUUAGACCGAAUCGCAAAGGCUGGCCUUAUGAAAAGGUAAAAAAGGCACCAAAAGGUCAAUGCCUAAUGAAGCAAAAGGGCAUGUUAGUUGCUACACAGUGGACAGACAAAAGGCAAGUCAACCUUCUGUCCAGCAACGCAGAUCCGGUAAUGGCAACAGUACAAAGACGCACUAAAGAUGGCCUCCAAGAUAUCAUUAUACCAUCGCCUGUCCUAGCCUACAACUCUGGUAUGUUUGGGGUAGAUCUUGCAGAUCAGUACCGUUCUUACUAUCCCAUUGGUAGGAAUGGCAAAAAAUGGUGGAGGUACCUUAUGUGGUUCUGCUUCCAAGUGGCUACCAUCAACAGCUAUAUUCUCAUGAAGAGGUCCACAAACUCUAACAAUUUCACAUUGCUAAAUCACUUAAACUUCAGAAUGCAGCUCCUAGAGGAAAUGAUGUCACAGAAAAGGAAUAAGAGAGCUCUUACAGAGUCUCCAUCAGUGGCUGGGAAAUGUAAGCCUUCUUCCAGUGACCACCAGAGUCGGCGUAUGCCAGGUCGACAACGUCGAUGCUUCCAGUGUGCUGAAGAAGGGAAGAAGACCGGUGGUGGCCGAAGCAGUGAAACAUGCUUUGGUUGCCACAUGUGUGAUAUCCAUUUGCACAAAGGAUACUGCUUUGCAAAGUUUCAUGAGAGCAUUAAAAAUUAGGAAAAAAAAAAGAGUAUUCAAGCAGUUUAUGUAUAUAAAAAAUUAAAGUAGUGAAGUUCCCCUUUCAGACCUCGUUAUGUAAAGGUCAUCUAAUUCUGUGGCCUACGGUUUACGAGGGUGUCAUGUGGCCAGCACAACGACCAACCAUCUUUACUUUUCCCCAACUAAUGUCAAGUACCCAUUAGAGCUGCAUGGACUUAGAGGCACCCAAACAUCUCGAAAUCAAAAACCCAUUCUUCACCAGGAUUCAAACCCGGAACCACUGGUUCAGAAACCAAGCGCUCUGCUGCUCAUCCACCGCGCCUCCUUUAGGUAUAUAAAUUUUGUAAAAAAAAAUUUUUUCAUUUAUGGUGUUAUUUUUUGUACUUGUUUUAUAUUUAAGUUAUUACAAGUAUAUAUUUUCUGAAAGUUCGUUUAUUUUUGUAGCUGUAGUUUGUAUUUUUUUUAAAGAUACCGGUAUAUUUGAAUUGAAAAC